CAAACCCAGCAUCUGCCACGUCAGCGCUAAAAUGUCCAGCAACAGCCAACCGCCGGACCCGACUUCCCUCCUCUCCUCCGUCACCAAGCUCCUGUGGGGCCCGUCCCUCCCGCCCGGCCUCCUCAUCUCCGCCGUCCGAACCGCCUGGCACUCCACGUGGCGCAUCAUGAUGUCCCAGCUUGCCCCCUCCGACCCCACCCUCGGCUACACCAGACCACCCUCCAAAUUCCGCGCCUUACCCAACCAAAUCCCCCGCCAGUCCCAAACCUCCCUCCACCUCUACGUGGGCCUCCCCUGCCCCUGGGCCCACCGCACCCUCAUUGUCCGGGCACUCAAGGGCCUCGACGACGCCGUUCCGGUCUCGAUCGCCGCCCCGGGUCUCGACGGCUCUUGGCAAUUCAGCAACUCCGCUAUUUCCGACCCGAAUCCCAUUGCCCCCGGCCCGGAUAAAGCAAACGGAUGCAAAACUCUGAAGGAGGUGUAUAAAUCCAGGGCGGGAGGGUAUGACGGAAGGUCCACCGUGCCGAUGCUUUGGGACUCGAAGAGGAAAGAAGUGGUCUGCAACGAGAGCUAUGAUAUAAUCCAAUUGUUCAACUCGGGACUCAAUGAGUUGGCUCGUAAUCCGGGUUUGGAUCUUUCGCCAGCUCCAUUGAAGCAGAAAAUUGAGAAGUGGAAUAGCAUAAUCUACCCCAACGUCAACAACGGAGUUUAUAGAUGUGGGUUUGCUCAGUCUCAACAAGCAUACGACACGGCGGUGAACGAGUUGUUCGAUACACUGGACACGAUCGAGGAUCAUUUAAGCAGUUCGAGAUACUUGUGCGGAGGCGAACUCACACUUGCAGACGUUUGCUUGUUCACCACGUUAAUCCGGUUCGAUCUCGUCUACAACGUGUUGUUCAAAUGCACCAAGAAUAAGCUCAUCGAGUAUCCCAACCUUCAUGCUUACACGCGUGAGAUUUAUCAGAUUCCGGAGGUCGCAGAAACUUGCAAUUUUACUGCAAUUAUGGAAGGGUACUACAAAACCCUUUUUCCGCUUAAUCCGGGCAGCAUUCAACCCGUCAUGCCCGCCGGAUCCGAGCAUGAAGUCCUCUUAAGACCUCACAACAGGGACUCGCUGUUGCUUCAAGGCAACAGCGCAGCGGCGCUCUAUGUUUCUUGAGCCAUACAACAACUCAGUUCAGAUGUGUAUUUUGUAUAUUUUGGUGAACCAGACAGGAUUAUAAAGAUAGCAUAUAGGCAUUUCCGAGUA